AUGACCACCACGCGCCACAGGCUCCUCGCCACAGCAUCGCGAUUUGUCACAACCCUCGAGAGCUUGGACGUGGACGCAAUGCUUGCUGUGCGGUCCCCGACAUGUCUUCAUCACAUGUGCCUCCCCAGCUUCAGAAACUACAGCAUCACGAAUGAUCAGACCCGCGAAGCGUUUCCCCAGUGGAAAGCUACCAUCACCAAGUACCAAUUUGGUAUCCUCGACGACAGCCAGACUCUGGUCGACGAGCAAGCGAGAAAGGUCAUGAUCCGCGCCAAAACCGCCGCGGAGACAACGGUCGGUGACUAUAACAACGAAUAUGUAUUUAUCCUUCGCAUGACAGAGGAUUGUGAUACGGUGGAUGAGAUAUGGGAGUUUUAUGAUAGCCUUCGUCUGCGGGACCUUCAUCACAGGCUGGAGGGCGGCCAUGUGCCAAUCGGCGUGGAUGCUCCUGCGCCCUUUACCACCACUGGCUCUAACAGCCUGGAUCGUUCCAAGUAG